AUGAAAGAGGACACUCCGUCGGAACAAAGAAUAUUACAGAAGAAGAUACAGACCAGAUUUUCUUUAUUUAAAUUCCAUACAACAGGUCCUAAAGUGGGAGAUUUACAAGGAUCGCCCAACGACGAUGAAUCUCAAUACGUUGCUCAACGUGACAGCUUGAAGGCAUUCGUUUUCGAUGACAGAAAUGGAACGAGACUUGUCAUCGCGCUCAGACAUUGUCAUUCUCUUGAAUGGAGACACGUCGUCCGUCUUUCCAUCGAUCUUCCUGAUAUCGAUAAAAACGAAAAUUUAUGGAUCAUGGAACGCCUGCGUCACGUUUUCUCUCUUCUCUCCGACACUAUGUCUCCUGAAUGGGACAAACAGUCGCUACUAGGAGCAUAUUAUUGCUCGAAAUGUCCCGUUCUCUACGCGUUCAAGACAUCCGAGUGCUUGGAAUACCAAGCAAAGCCCGUAUAUAGGGACUGGAAGAGCCAUGGAAGGGCACACAUGGCAGUCUUUCUGCGUAACCAGCCUGCCUACAUCCUGUAA